AUGUCUACCCGACUGCUACGCCUGGGCAUCCUCGGCGCAUCCGAUGCCGUCCCAACCACCUACCUCCCCGUUCUACACACCCUCCAGAAGCAAUAUCAUCUAACCAUCAUCUACGAUCCGAACAGCCAUCAUGCCGAGGCUUGCAAGGCCAAAUUCAACAUCGCACAGACCACAACAGACAUCCAAGAAGUCCUCCACCACCCAGACGUAGACCUGAUCCUCAACCUGCUGCCAACAGAAUAUCACGAGAAAUACACCGUGGCCGCCCUGGAAGCCGGCAAGCACGUCAUGGUCGAGGUGCCGCUGUGUAUGAGCAUCCAUGGCCUGCGUCGCAUCCGCGACGCCAUCAAGAAAGGCCAGGCGGUGCGGACUCACGGCGAGGGCGAUGGCGAUGGCGGCAACGUCGGCAAGCCCAAGAUAUUCAUGGGAUGCGUGCGUCGGUAUGCGCCAGUCGUGGAGGAUGUGUUUAAAAAGGAGCUUGCCAGUUUGGGACGCGUGUACUACGCGCGUUGUCGCAAUAUCGCCGGUCCCAUGAAUAUAGUCGCCAGCGUGCUUAACGGCACCUCCGAUACAAAUGGAAACAACGGCACCGAUGAAACCAGCACACACAGCACCGCCGAAUUCCACUCCACCCUCUCCGAAAUGUUCGGCCUCCCCGAAGACCUAACCCCAGACCGCGUCGCCUUCUGCCGCUGGCUGGGCACGCUGGGCUGCCACGAUCUCUCCCUGAUGCGCGAGACACUGGGGUUCCCGAACGCUGUAUCCAGUGUCUCCAUCACAGACCCGUUUUACUCGGCUAUCUUCCACUACACGGACACGAGACAUGACGGCCACCCGUUCACGCUGCUGUAUGAAGCAGGCGUGGAUACCGUCCCGCGCUGCGACGCCCACUUGACGGUAUACGGGGAGCGCAGGUCGGUUAGUUUGCAGUAUGAUUUCCCGUGCCCUGGGGAGAGUAUUGGGCAGGGGCGGGCGGUGCGUGUUGUUGUUGAGGAGAGCGUGGAUGGGGAUGGAGAUGAGGCUGUGAAUGGGAAUGGGAAUGGAUGUGCGAAUGUGACUGGAGCUGGAGUCAGCAAUGGCAGCACCAGCACCGGGGCGGCUCGACCUCGAGUUAAGAGGACGGAAACAGUCAGCUCCUGUGAAGAGGCAUACGCGAGCGAAUUCACGGCGCUGCACGCCUACCUGGUCGACGAUGUCCCUGCGAAGACAUCCGCCGACGACGCCUUGCUGGAUCUGAGAAUGCUGUACAUGAUCUUCGAUCAUUACGACCGGCAAUGCGGAACGAUUCGCACCCCCCUGGGUUAA